CGUUAGUAAACGUUGAUCUCUUUUUCUCUAAACUUCUGAACUUCUGAAGUGUUCACUUUUUAAACAGUGUCGGGCUAUAUAUAUAGAUAGCUAAAACAAGAUGGUCCAAGGAAAGGUCAAAACAAAAGUUCAAGUCCCAGGAAAGGCUGGUCGAAAUAAACAGAAAUAUGCGCAUCAGAAGAAGAAAGGUCACCCGAAGCAGAAAGGAGCUCGAUACAUUGCUCCUAAAAAAGCACGGCAGAUUGAAGCUACUAAACUGACGAAGAAUAUCUCAAAAGCAAUCAGCUCCCGUAACGAGCAAGAAAUGCUUGCUCAGGCUGCCUCCAAGGAACCCAAGAAGCUUUCGCUAGGCCAGUCUUCAUCAGGGGCAGGUGAUUCAAAGAAGAAAGGACAAAAAUGAUCAAGACAAUCCGUAGAAAUUCAGAACGACAGAGGAUUUAUAAAUGACAGUGGUCCUUACUGACUGAGGAUAAAGCGCAGAGGAUGAGGCACUGGGAGGACUCGAAAUGGUUUUCUUUGAACACCCAGCUUGUGGAUCAUUUCACCACAAUGAAUGCAGACUGUUUUCAUGCUUGGUGUUACAGAGACCAAAAAGACAAGAAGCAUGUGUUAGAAGGAUCACAGAAGAAGGAAUAUAGUACCCAGAUACAGUGGAACCUUGUCAUAAAAACACUUAAAACAAAAUCUCAUGAUACUAGCAGGACAAUAUGACUGGUCCCACUGCUUGUCUUCUAUGUUCUUUCUUUCUUUUUUCUUGAGCCUGAUGUAACACUCAAGGUGUUUUUCCUUGUCCCACAUAGAUUCCUAUAAUGAGAGUAUAUGGUAUUAUCAAUUUGAAAUCAGACCCAAAGGUGGGAGAAUUACAUUUCUUUGUUGAACUUGUGCCCAGGAGCCUGAUCCAGAUGACUUUUUAGAACAUCUUGAAACCUUUUUGAGUGAUGGCUCUGGAUUGCAAGAAAAAAGAUGAGCAUCCACUAACAAUUGUGCCACAAUGGAAAAAAAAGGGGGGAACACCUAUUUCUUCUUUUGUUUGUUUUUAAGAAUGAGUUUCUUGACUUAGUCAAUUUUAAAUCCAUACAUCUCUCGUCGUGUGCCAACCCUUUGAUCAGUCAAGUUGGCCAUUUGUAUGUGCCUUUCAAUGGUUACAUGUGCAUUCUUUUCAGUUUUCAUGUCUACAUGAACAUUCAGCACUGUUAUUUCAAUGUUUAAAACAAAAAUAGGAGCACUUAAAACCAGACUUUGUACACUAUUUUAAGUACUCCCUUUAUUCACAAUUCUAGAGCUAGAUUUCUCCCAUGUAUUUUGUUCACCAUUUUCUCACUGACCCGUUACAAUUAAAUGUCCAUUGAUUACUAAA